UUUUUAUAUUUGCAUAUCCGUAUUACAAAAUUUAUUAAUUCUCAAGAGGAAGUUAUACAGAAAAAUCAUUGACGACGUAUAUUUAUAUUUAAUUGUAUAUUUAUGAAUUGUGUUUAAAUUAAAAAUUAUAAAAUUUUCUCUAAUAGUAUGAAUAUAUUAAUGAGAAGCAUAAUCAUCUCAUUAAAUAAAUCACAAAUAAUUAAAAAACAUGCAAGUGUACAACUGACAAUCGUUAACCAUUUUCAUAACAAUAAAAUUUUCUAUAAUAAAGAUAAUCCAGAUAGUGACAUUACACCUUAUCGUUUUAACGUGCAAAUAAAAGAAAAAAAAACUUUUUUGGAAAUUAUACGUAUAUAUAAAAGGGAUGACCAUGCUAGAAAAGCACAAUUACAAUUCAUAACAACUGCUUUAAAAUAUAUGGAUGAAUUUGAUGUAAAUAAAGACUUAGAAACUUACAAGGCAUUAUUUGAUAUAUUUCCAAAAGGAAGGUACAUACCAGAAAAUAAAUUUCAACUUAUGAUGUAUCAUUAUCCAAAACAUCAGGAUACGGCUCUAUUAAUACUUAACAAAAUGGAAAGUAAUUUUGUAAUACCUGAUUAUGAAAUGCAAAAAAUGAUUGUAGAUACUUUUGGUAAAAAUGGUUUAGUUAUGAAAAAAUGUUGCAGCAUGUUUUAUUGGUUACCAAAAUUUUCUCAACUAAACCCUUGGCCACUACCAGUACCUAUACCAACAGACGCGAAAGUACUUGCCCAAUUUGCAUUAGCAAAAAUAUCGAGCAUAGAUGUACAAGCUAAUACUACUGUAUAUAGAACAAAGGAUGUACCUGAUGCAAUUGACGAUACAUGGAUUGUAUCUACCAUGAGUAAAUCACAACAAGAACUUCUUGCCGUACAACCAACUGAUAAAUCAUUAACUGUCGAAGGUCCUUUUGCAAUUUGGGUUGAUAAAUAUUAUAUAGAUUAUUUUGUAUUAAAAGGAGAGACAAUAAAAAGGGAGAUCAUUUAUGAAGAGUGUGAUGAUAUAACUAAAUUGAAAAUUCCAUUUUGGGAAAAACAUAACUUUAAAAUACCAGUUACUAUUCAUGAACAGGAAGAUGGUGUAUAUUAUGCAAUGUGUGCUACAGGUACAUCUUCUAAAGAUUCCCUAUUAUCAUGGAUAAGAUGCUUACAAAAAACAAAUCCGAUUUUGGAAAAAAUACCAGUAACAUUUAAAUUAAAAUCAAUUACAAAUGAAGAAUUAUACAUCAAAGAUGAUAAAAAACUUGAUGUAAAACAAAUAUCUGAGAAUAUGGAUGCAACAGAAAAAUAGUUUAUUAGUUUGUAUAAAUAAAUUCAAACUGUAAAUAAACAUGUUUGUACAGUAACAACUA